AUGGCCAGAGUUAUUACAAUUCUUUUGCUCAGCGGACUGCUUCUCAUCGGGGCCUCAGAACUGAAGGAAACUGAGCUUUUAAAGCAAUACCAGCGACUUAAGCAUCUGCGACCACUUGGAGUAGAGUUUGCAGAACACUUCCAAAAUGUUUCAGUCAGAGAUUUGGAUUUGGACUUCUAUACGGAAUUGCCGAAAGAGAAUCAACUGUUGUGCUUGGCAGACAUGGCAGUAUUAAUGCAGAGUUUGGCGGCUGGCAAUUAUUGGGCUAUUAAAAUGAUCGAUGCAUGGGGUUCAAUUCCCUCGGGGCUUUUGUAUGGCAAUUUUUACGACUUGGGCAAUUAUGAUGAGUGCCUUAAGAUCAGUCAACAGAUCACCAGCGAUCAUAGUGUCCAAGGAAAGUAUUGCUUUAUUUCUGCACCUAUUGGCGGUCUACUUAGCAUUCCGGCCUUGAACGCAAAACCAGUAAAUAUAGCCACGUGUUUUCCGGCCUCGUGCUCAGCUGCCCAAAUGGAGGGAUUUGUGGAAAAACUUCUACAGCAAUUGAUUGGUUCGAAUAGUUCUACGAGCUUAAGUAUCAAUGAAGCCUCUUGCCAAACUAUAGACAGCAAACCAUGGGAUGGCUUGACCAUAUUCACUGUAGUGGUUUUAUCUUUAAUGGUUUCGGUAGUGACUUUCUUUACCCUUUACGAUUAUUUUCUACGCAAAAACCAAGAUGAACCCUCAGCACUUAUACAGGCCUUCUCAAUUAGAUCCAAUUCCCGAGCUCUCUUUCGCAUUGUGGAGACUAAAUCUAAUCCAAAUGUGAUCGGAUGUCUUCACGGCAUCCGUUGCAUGUCCAUCAUUUGGGUAGUCUUUUCCCAUGUCAACCUUUACUUUACCACCAUGCCAAAUAUAAACUUUGUGCAUGCUAUUUCUUGGGCCGAACAACCUUAUUCCAAUAUUGUUCUGCAUGGCGUAUUCUCUGUGGAUUCUUUUUUCUUCCUGGGUGGCUUGUUGGUGUCCAUGAUUGCUCUGCGCUCGAUGGAUAAAACCAAGGGUAAACUAAAUGCUCCUUUGAUGUACCUUCAUCGCUUGAUUCGGAUCCUACCUGUUUUGGCCAUGGCCAUCCUGAUCUAUAUGAAGAUUAUGCCACUCGUGUCCGGUGGUCCCCUAUUUUAUAAUGGUUUCAGUGGAAAAGAUAACUGCGAGAAAAACUGGUUUUGGACCCUGCUUUUUAUCCAAAAUUAUGCCACAAAUAAUUCUUGCCUGAGUCAUUCUUGGUACUUGGCAGUGGACAUGCAGUUGUAUAUCAUCUCGCCGCUUCUACUGAUCGCUCUCUACAAAUGGGGCAAAAAGGCAGCUGCUGGGAUUGUCUUACUUAUUAUCCUGCUUUCAGGUUGUCUUUUCGCCACUAUGAUGAUCAACAAUUUCUCCUUUUUGGUCAAAAAUACGACUGGCAGCAAUAUGGCUAAUCACAUGCUUUAUCAGGCCACCCAUAGGCACGCAGCUCCUUGGCUGAUUGGAUUCCUGUUUGGUUACUUUUUGCAUCUGAAUAGGGGUAGGAAGUUCCAGCUGAACUGGCUGGCCGUGUGGUCAGGAUGGGCCAUUUGCCUCGCCCUUCUGGGAACAUCGCUUUUCGCUCUUUAUCCGGCCGCUAAGUGGAGUGCUCCUGCUCUGUCCACUCUGGAGGAGUCCCUAUAUUACACCCUCACACGAUUAGCCUGGCCAAUUUCCCUGUGUUGGAUAGUGUUUGCCUGUAUGCAGGGUUACGGUGGUCUGGCCAACAGUUUUCUUUCCUCACCGCUAUGGCAACCACUUUCAAGACUCUCAUACUCCGUCUACAUCUGGCACAUGUUCAUCGUGGAGAUAAACUGCAAGAAUUCCAGAACCAGUACCUAUUUCUCAGACUACACAGCGAUGCUUAAAUUUUGGUCAGAUUUUGGCUUUACUGUUAUGUUAUCAUAUUUCUUUUACCUCACCAUUGAAGCACCUUUGGGAGGCUUUGACAGCCUGCUGAAACCGAAAAAGAAAUCUACUUUGCAAAACCAUAUUGCUGCCUCCAAUAUAGAACCCGCCGAAAAAAACCCUGAUCAGAUAUUGGUGGCAAUUAGAAAACCCGAUUAGUAUACACUCAAUUAUAACUAAGUUAAUUCCAAGUAUUGAUAACUGAUAAAAGUAUUGGCUACUUUGAAGUACUAUUAUGAAAUGUAAAUGCGUUUCUACGGAAACUAUAAU